AGUCAGCUGGUGGUGCACGCUGGGGGAGGACGGCUGCUGGCGCUCCUCUGCUCUCUCUAUUGUUACUUUCUACUUGCUUUAGUGCCUCGUCUCUUAAGUCUCGCGUUUCUUCAGUGAUUAUUAUAACCAAGUGUAGUAAACCUAUCGCGUGACAUUUAUGAGAUCAGAGACAGCUGGGGGAAAGUUUUGUUUUAGCAAAGCUCGAGUGCACUCAUGUUGACAUCUGGACACAGAAAACCCGAGUGAAACUUCACAAGAGAACGGCAUGAUGCCAGGAGGGACUGAGGCAGUCGUGGAGGCGCUCCAGCAUGCUUGAGAAGUUGCGCUUGACAGGGCAGCCAGCGAGGUUAGAGUGAUGGAAGAGUCAGUUAUGGCCUCAGGUGAAGAGGUACCGGGCAGCGAGGCGACGAGGGAGCACCUGCCUGUAGGCGUCGCCGGGGAGGGCCAGGACACGGGCGGCCACCUGGGCAUGGAGGCUCUCGACAUGGGAGACGUCAAUGGCAACUCUACAAAAGGAGUGCCGACGCAGCCGCUCUCGGAGGCCCUCACCGACGCCGGCAGGUUCGCCUACUGCGGGCUGGUCACCGCCGCCCUCUACCGGCUCUUUGUCGACACCAACACACCCGACGCCGACAAGACGGCCGACACCGAUUUCGCCCUCGCUACGCUCGCCAGGCUGACCCGUCACCUGGGUCUUCCUUCUCAGGUGCGUGAGGUGAUGGAGCUGACGGUGCGCGGGGAGGUGCAGCCCGGCCCCAGCAGCGGCUACGUCACCAUCCUGAGGGAGGAGCCGCCCCUAGCCCGCUCCUGCGUCCCUGUCGUCCAGGACCUCGUCAUGUUCGCCGUCCAGGGAGGGAUUCAGUCAGGUUGCUACGACGCCAGGAUCCGGGUGCUGAUCAUGCACGUCACCUGUCUCCUCCACGUCAGCGUCGACCUCCUGGAGAUGUACGAGGAGUCGGUCCUCGAGUACCUUACCAUGGAGCAGAACCCCGUCACCGAGGAGGAAGAGAAGGAGAUGGCGAAGCGAGAGCGGUACAAGAAGAUCAAGCGGUACACUGCCAUAGGUCUGGCCACACUAGGGGGCGGGGCUGUCCUGGGCCUUACUGGCGGCCUCGCAGCCCCGUUUAUUGGCGCUGGUCUCGGCACCAUCAUUGGUGCAGGUGGUGCUGCAGCCCUGUCAUCCACUGCAGGAGUUGCAGUGGUUGGAUCAAUGUUUGGAGCAGCAGGUGCAGGUCUUACAGGAUUUAAAAUGCAAAAACGCAUUGGAGACAUAGAAGAGUUUGCCUUCGACUACCUAACUGAUGGAAGUCAUUUACACAUUACCAUUGCUAUAUCUGGUUGGCUAACAAAAGAAGGAAUUAGGGAAUUUAGUCAACCUUGGAGGAUUUUGUUUCAUUCCAGAGAGCAGUAUUGUUUGCGCUACGAGUCCCAGUACCUGCGAGAACUUGGACAAGCCAUGGAUUAUCUCCUCCAGUUUGCACUUUCCAUGGCUGUCCAGGAGACACUUAAAUACACAAUUUUAGCAGGUAUUAUAUCUGCAAUAACCUGGCCAUCAUCACUUCUGACUCUGGCAUCAGUGAUUGACAAUCCGUGGGGUGUGUGUUGUAGGAGAUCGGCAGAGGUUGGCAAGCAGCUGGCCGAGGUGCUGUCUCAGCGGCAACACGGCAAGCGGCCAGUGACACUCAUUGGAUUUUCACUUGGAGCACGAGUAAUAUAUUAUUGUCUCCAGGAACUUGGUCGUCGCAAAGGUAGUGCAGGUAUUAUUCAAGAUGCCAUACUCCUCGGUGCUCCAGUGCCUGGAUAUGCCAAAGAAUGGCAAAGUUUUAGGCAUAUUGUAUCAGGACGCAUCAUCAAUGGAUAUUGCCAGGGAGACUGGCUUCUACGCUUCCUUUAUCGGUCAUCAUCAGGGAGCUUGCGUAUUGCUGGACUAAUGCCGAUUGAUUGGCAAGAUCGAAGAAUGUUCAAUUUUGACCUCUCUGAUAUUGUCACUGGUCACAUGGAUUACGCUAAUAAAAUGGAUGUCAUUCUGCGUCUUUUGGGAAUUCGAACAAGAGAUCCUGUUAAUGAGGAAUUUCUAAGAAUGAAAAAGAGUGCAUCAGAUUAUCCAAGCCUCAAGUCAAUGCAUGGAAAGAUGACUGUGUCUGAACUACGAACAUCUACCUCGGACAGCACUCUUGUGUGCGGACGCGAUGCUCCACUUUCUCGAUCCUUUUCAUCAGAUGACCUGCAUAUAUCUAGAUCCACUUCUUCAUGUGAUCAGCAGGAUAAUGUUAAUUUGCAAGAUAUUACUAAGCACAGAACACUCUCAUCAUAUGAUCUUGCUAGCAAAAAAUGCAUCCCACUGGGAGAUAUUGGACCUCGGAGUUCUAUUUCUCACGAGUCUGUUAAAAGCUUAGCAUCCAGUGAUCAACAUGUCAAUCAAGCAGGGAUAAUUUAUGAUCAAGAAGCAAUGGAUGUUAAGGAACAAACCACAUCCAAACCAUUUUUUGGAAAUUUUCUAUCGAGGAAACACACGCAUCCACCACAAGUUGUCUACCGAGAACACCAAACACUUGCUCAAGAUAUGUUUAAACGUAGAACUAUGUCGUCUGGUAAUCUUUUCGCCACAAAGCCAGGGCAGCCGGGAAAAAUUGGACUUCAACGCUCAAAUUCUCAAGAUCAGUCAAAACAAUCUAUUUUCCAAAUAUUUUCAAGAAAACAAGAACCAAUUGAAGAAACAUAAUCCUCAAACUCUUCAGUUUUUGGUAUAGCAAACAAUUAAAUUUUAGUUUAUAACAAGUAAAAUACUCCUUUUAACUUUAAAACAUGGUAAUAAUUCGUACAUUUGGUGUUUUAUCCGUGAUUAUAAUAAAUUAAUCUGCAGCAUGAAUGAAGUAUAAAGGUAUAUCUAAGUAAAUGCUGUUAACUUUUGUCUGACAGGAACAAGUGAUAAAUGGCUAAAAACUGACUCAUUGUACAUCCCCAAACUAAUGUGUACUAUAAUACUCUAUUUAAAUUUUUUAUUUUUAUAUCAUAUACUUUAUUGGGGAAUUUUAAAAUGGUUAUUAAAAAUGUUAAGCUGUAUAUUGAAAAUUUUGCUAUAUUACGUUUACAUAUUCUAUAUUGAACCCGAUAAUUGUGCGCAACUGUACUGUAUGCAGUUGUACAUCAACUUGGAAUGCAGUAAGUGAUAACUUUGAAUUCAGGGAUGUUUUAUUAGGGAUAAAACAGUGUAAUAUUUUCCUAACCUUUGGCACUACUUAAAGUAAAUGCCAUUUACAUGUAUGAAAAGUUUUGCAUCAUCUUUAACUUCUUGUUUAAGCUUCCAAGUUAUGUUUUGUUUACUAUGAGGUUUUUAUUAUACCUUAAAUUAGAUUUUGAUUAGUUCUUCAUGAAUUUUAAAGAUAUUAUAGUUACUCAUGAAGAGCUUUUAAUGUAUUUUAGUACAGUAUCAUUAAUUUCUUAUAUAUUUUUCUUCCCAAUAUUUUGUUCCAAUGAGUAUUUACCCAGUUUCUAACCUUUGAUUUACUUAUUCACUCACCUGUGUGGGAGGUUCAGCCUCGGCUUCAACAUCCCCACCACUUAACCAUUACUUGACCAGUAUAAUGCCUUCCCGACCCCUUGGGUUUCACUGUAUUCACAUGUGAAGAUACACGUGGAGUUAGCUUCCACUGUGUCCUCUCCCAAAGUGUUGUGUAUGAUUGUUGAGGAUAGUCCUAGUUUAUUAUAUAUAUUCUUGGUUGUCCAUAGAAAGAAGUGGAAACAACUUCACUUCUUAUACGAGAGCCAAACCUGUGUGUGGAGUUCUUUACCAGAUGUUGAAAGUGGUCCUUCAUAAAUUUCAGUAAAAAGGUGUAAGUUAUUAAAUGUCUAAAGACAAUUAAUGACAUCUAAAGACAUUCAUUUAAUUAAAUGUCUAAAGACAUUUAAUGACCCAAGAGGGAUCAAGAAAUUUAAGAUAAUAGAUCAUUUAUUUUUAAUAUUACAAAUGGUAUAUAUAUAUAAUGAACUGAUACUACAUGUGAUGAGAAAUUUAUGGCUGUAUCAUUGAUUAUAUAUUUGCAUUUGCUUAAAAUUAAAAGGCUAAAUUAAAACAAAUGUAUUUACAGUACUGUACUUUUAAACCUGUCGUAUCAAUUCCUGUGUAAUCUCACAUCAGAUUUAUUCGAGCAACUACUGAGAGUUAUCUGCCCCUCUGGCAGGUUGGGACAUUACCAAGAUCUGUGUAUUUUGAAGUGACUCCAGCAUGAGUACCUGAAUAUCUUCUGCCUAGUGGCAAGUGAUUCUUGGCAAUAUAAAGGAUUGUUUUCCUUUUAAGGUGAGAUUUAAUAUCACUAAUAAUAGUGCUAUAGAAUGCUAUAUCGGUUAAAGGAAGUGUUACACUUAGCACUGAGUAGAACAGUAAGGGAUUGUUAAGCACAUUGAAAACAUUUGUUAUGCAGUGAUCUGCCAGUAUUUGCCAAGUAAGACACGAGUGCAGCCCACCACCACCACUGCUUCACUCUGUCUAAUUGUACAAUAUGGCGAGUUUUUACUAUUUUCUGGUACUUUGUACUCCUUAAACAUAAAGAUUAUCUCGGUAUUUAAUUAGACAAAAAGACACAUUCAUUUAGCUAAUGAAAGUAAAAAAACCAAAUCAGAGAAAAUGACUUGUGUGUCUCUGGAACAAAUCUUCAGUAGCUUUGUAAAAAACCUUCUAAACCAUCUCUAACUCUGGGGCCAUCAAGUGGCCUGUGAUGUAUAUUGUACAAAAUGUAUUGUCUUGAGGCUUAGUACAUAAGCUUUACCAUAUUUUAAAAUGUAUGGAUUAAAAAUAAUUGCUAACAAAAUGUUUUAUGGCAAUACUGUAUAGUGCAAACAAGUUAUUUAUACAAGAUCAGCUCGUAUUUCCAACAUGGUCUGAUACGACAGGUAUUACUGUAAGUGCAUAAUCAUUAGUUUGUAAUUAAAGUUUACUGUACAGUUCUGUGAUUUAGAAAUACUUGAAAAUUAAUGUAAUUUACAGUACAGUAUAUUUCUGGAGGGAACCUCUUCGGCUCCCUGGAGCUUAUCCAGGCUGAUAUGAAUAUAUCAGUAUAUAUAUAGACUUUGGCAUCAGUCAGUGUGAACAGAGUUCUUAGG